GGGACGAUGGCUCAGAACCUGUACGGUCCAGGAGUCCGGAUGGGCAACUGGAACGAGGACGUCUACCUGGAGGAGGAGCUCAUGAAAGACUUCUUAGCAAAGAAGGACAAGGGACAACUUCUCAUACAGAGAAACAGAAGACUGAAAGAGAAUCUUUUGAGACCGAUGCAGCUUUCCAUAUCUGAAGACGGAUACAUUCACUAUGGCGACAAAGUGAUGCUUGUGAAUCCUGACCACCCUGAGACAGAAGCUUAUCUGUUUCUGGGCGGGGACCUGAGCUUGUGUAUGACUCCAGAUGAAAUUAAAGCCCAUCUGAGUGACGAAUUAGAGGUGCCCUGUGGCCUGAGCGCAGCUCAAACCAAGAUUCCGGUUGGCAGAAACACUUUCACCGUUUUGUGUGCAGCUGGAGAGGUCAUUGGUCAGGUCCUUAGAUACGGGCAGAACUUUCGCCUCGGGAUAGCAGGAGGAUUUGCAGACAGAAUGUUAUAUUUAUCAAGUGACCACAGGACCCUCAUGAAGUCGUCUAAGAGGUCUUGGCUCCAGGAGGUGUACCUGACGGAUGAGGACUCCUACCUGAACUGCUGGCAGGCGGCCUUCCCUGACCCCCAGCUACGCCUGGAAUAUGAAGGCUUCCCCGUCCUGGCAAAUGCAGAAAUUCUUAUCAAUCACUGCCACACGAAUCGGGGGCUGGUGGCCCACCGGCAUCUUUUCUUAAGUACCUAUUUUGGAAAGGAAGCAGAGGUCGCUGCACACACAUAUCUGGAUUCACACAGAGUUGAAAAGCCAAAGAACCAUUGGAUGUUGGUGACUGGGAAUCCCAGGAAGGACUCGUCCACCAUGUUGGACCUGCCUAAACCGCCGGUGGAGGACACCCGAGUCCUGGAGCAGGUGGCGGAGCCGGGGGCCAGGAACGCACCUGGCGCGCAUGCGUGCACUCGUCCGAUGUAG